GGACGCUCACCCCUCAAAUGUCUUGUUAUGAUUCAUGAAUAUUGACAAUGAAAAGUUCUAAUAAGUAUGAGGUCUAGUGUUUUCUUAAAUUUGUAAUAAAUAAUGGUUCCUAUGUUCUCUCGCUGUUUUUUACUGGAAAUUCCUUACCGCUACUCAUGCAAUCACUGCUCAGCUCAAAGUCUCGUCCUUUCGUAUGUGCUCUCCUUACAUGAACUAAUACACGCACUCGAUACGUGGACGGCUGCAGAUCAUUUUGAGCAUACAAAUUCUCUGAGAGCUGCAACAUCGCGUCUUCCUUUCAGUCGUCCAUCUUGGAGAGAGUUUAUGACACGAAAUGGCUGCACCAAACCCAGCUCGAGAUAUCGCUGAUAUCAUUCAACAGUCAAGCCCAGUAGAUACCACAAGUCCAUACGAUCCCGGCUGGGUAGCAGGAAAAACAAUCAUUAUAACCGGUGGAGCAUCUGGUUUCGGCGAAGGUUUCCUCAGAACAUGGGCAGACAAUGGAGCAAAUAUAAUAAUAGGAGACGUCAACAGCGCAAGAGGAAAAUCAUUGGUCGAGGAAGUACGCAAGAAGACUGGCAGUCAGAAUCAUCAUUUUUUGUAUUGUGAUGUAACGAAUUGGCAAUCUCAAGUCGACUUCUUUCGUACAGCUACGGAGCUAAGUCCUACCAAGGGCAUCGAUGCCGUGGUUGCAAAUGCGGGAAUUACAGAAGAGGCCAUGUCAUUUCAGAGACCUGUGGGUCUGGAUACGCCAGAACCACCCAAGCCAAACUUCAAAGCCUUUGACGUCGACAUCGUCGGAGUUAUGUAUACCGCACACUUGGCCAUGUGGCAUCUGCCUCGAAAUCCCAGGUCACAAACGGCCAGUCCAUCGAUGAUCCCCGGUCCAAAUACUCCAGAUAGACAUCUACUGUUGAUUGGAUCGGUAGCCUCAAUUGCUCCUCUCGCUGGAUCAGUAGAAUACUCAGUCGCAAAACACGGGGUCUUGGGUAUGUUCCGUUCAUUGAGAUCUACAGCCUUUGCCAAUGGCAUUCGAGUCAACAUGUUAUGCCCCUACUUUAUUGAUACGCCCAUAAUUCCUGCAGGCGGUAGAUUGCUAUUGGCAGGCGGAGCGAUGGGCAAGCCGGAGGACGUUGUAGAUGCCGGUACAAGACUCAUGGCCGAUACAAGAAUAGUCGGUAGAGCUUUGGUCAUCGGUCCAAAGGUUCGGGUUGAUGGAGACUUCGAAUUAUUACCAGAAACGUCAAAAGAAGGAAAUGAGAAGGCCGUGUGGGAGGCCUAUGCUGAUGAUUUUGUCGAACUUGAAGUUUUUACUCUGAGAUUCAUCAAGUUACUCAACACAAUUCAAAGGAUCAGAGGCUGGGGAGGUUGGGCAGUUGAUGUUGCGAAAGCAUUGGCGUAUCCCAUAACCUUCUUCAUGCGUCGAUAGAACAAAUCACCACGGAAAACUUCUAGUUAUAUUCUAGCUUGACUUAUGGUUUAUUUGAUUGUCAGUCUUAAAUGGCCAUUGAAGGGUGUUAUGAGCCUACCAGGUAGGUAGGUAUAUUUGGCAUUGGUGUGCGAUUAUUCUCGUCUACGUCGUGUUAAGGAGUGCAUCAUGUUAGAUCUAUAAUAUAAUGAUAACGUUUUAUGAAGAGAGACGAUA